AUGCUCAAAUGUUGUGAUGUUGUUGAACCCUACCAUCCUGAGCAAGUUCUUAGGCAGUUUGGUCAGGUGCAGAUGAUUUCCCCCAUAAUAAGUGCUCAUACCAUAACUGGUAGUCAUGCCAAUUCCUAUAAUUAUUAUCUAGGGGGAAUGUGGGACAAUCAGGAGAACCACAUGUUGGCAGGGGCAAACCAUAGUGUACCAAUGAGGAGACCAUCAAAUACUGUGCCUGGGUACUUAGAGUGGUACCUCAACAUGGGAUAUCCAUUUGUCCAGAAUCUUAAUUAUGGAGUUGCAUUUGACCCAUUUGCCUCAAUGCAAACAUUGAAUUCAAAUUCAUUACAGGAGCGUGACGAGCGUAUCUUGUCCUUUAUUAAGCCGGUCAUGGUGGAGCAGUGGAGGUCAAUCUUGCCAUUUGUAGGCAUUGGUGACUGA